UGUAUUCAAAUUGUCAGACGCAACACGACGUGUAUUCCUUGACUAGUGAAGGCCGUCAUUUUGAGUAUAUUUGUGUGUUUUGUCGGCAGUUUUAUGUGAUUCAUCAUUAAAAUGGCGAAAUUGGUUGAUAUAUACAACAGUGAAAAAGAACCCGUGAUUAAGCGACGGCAGUUGCCGCUUACUAUUUAUGAUAAUCUCACGAUGAUCAUGGACUUGAACACGAUGGGCUUGAUCUGCGACAACCCGCAGGUGAAGGGGCGCGAGUACGAGGAGUUCGUGCGCAAAUAUAAAAUCCUCACGACAGAAGAACUGAAAGUGGCUCUCAGAGUCGAUGCCUCGGAUAUAUUUAACGUCUUAAAUCAAAGCAUUCCAUGUGUUGGUUGUCGGAGAAGUGUGGAGCGCCUCUUUUACCAGUUGUCAAAAUCAGGUCACCCAACACUGGACCCACUGAUACUGGGCUCAGACGAAAUAAUGACCAUUAGAGAAGAUAAGAUCAUCCAUCCACAGUCACUCGCCACACUGUUGAACGGGCACAGCAGCGGCAUAGAAUGCCUAGUGCUGCGCGGGGGCCGCUUCAAGAAGUCGCCGCGCUGCGCGCUGCACUCGCUGGAGGCGGGCUCGGCGCGCUGGGGCGCGUGCGGCUGGGGCUGGGGCUGGGGCGCGGGCCGCUGCGCGUGGCGCGCCGCCUGGGACGCCAUGCGCGCGCCCGCGCGCGACCACGUCACGCUCGUGCACUUCAGCACGCUGCACGACACGCUGCACAACUACCUCCGCAAGCAUCGCUUCUGCGCUGACUGCAAGACUAAGGUUCUGAGGGCAUAUCAAUUGUUAGUGGAAGAGAAAGAGCCCCAGAAAGAGAAAGGCUACGUGGGGGCACUGUACGGCGGCAUCAAACGUUGCCUGCUCGACAAACAUCUACACCUGCAGGCCAAGACCGAAUAUGUGGCUAGGCUUAUUGCCCGCGCCGAACCGGAACUACUUGGCAACCACCGUGAGCGACACGCGAAGACCCUCGAGAUUGCUCAAGAAGAGGUACUGAUCUGCCUCGGCAUAUGCAUCUACGAGCGGCUGCAGCGCAUCUCGCUCCGGCUCCGCGAGGAGGAGGGCACGUGCCAGGCGCUCUGCGCCGUCGCCGUCGAGGCCCUGCACCGCAAGUUCGAGACGGCCGUCGAGCACAAGAGCGGCGUGUCCAAACUACAGCUGCUGUACGAUGAACUGGCUCAGGAGGAACUCACGCGCCGCCAGAGGAAGGAGCAGAAGAAACUCAAGCGUCGCAAGAAGAAGGAAAGGCAGGCGGUCGAGAGCAAGUGCAAGGAGGCCGAUUCCGAGGAACCAGAAGAAAAGUGCCAAUGCGAAGAAUGCCUCAUGGAGGAACGAGACACACCGACUGAUCUGUUAUCCCCGCGAGACUUCACCCAGUGCUACGAGGCCAGCGGCGACAGCUGCCAGUCGUGCCAGGACGACUCCAAGCGCCGCUCCCCCAUCAAAACCGGCAAGAAACGAGGCAAAAAUGGAAACCUUUCGCCGACCGAGCAUUCUCAAGAUUACGGCUACUCUUCGGGCAACAAUGGAGGCUGCUGUGAGACUAUGUCAGGCUCGUCCUCGCUCAUGAGCUCUCCCGAGGGCUCGGAGGUGGCCUGCUCGGAAGGGUUCUGCAACCAUGAAAGAGGGGACUGCUUAGAUAUCAAUAAGAACGAUAAGACUUCAUGCUCCGGUUUUCCACUGUCACUACAAGAAAUGUUAAUGGAAACAUGCUCUUCAGACGAGGAGCAAGACACCAGUUAUAUUCCUAUAGAAGAGGUGCUGGAAUUCAAAUCACGUCGAAACAUAACAGAGAAAAGGCAGGAGUUGCGACAGAACCUGCGGCAGAAGUUCGCGCAGCUGUGCGUCAACCCCGCGCCGCCCGCGCCGGCCGCGCCCGCCGCGCGCGCCGCCUCGCACCGCGCCGCCUGACUCCAAGCGCCGAGCGAAUCAUACUCAUCUUACCUUCAAAGGCACAAACCUACCUAUAUCCGCUUAAUCGUCUACUAAAAAUGUCUUGCAUGUGUAAUAUCCAGUUAUUUGGUAAAAUGGCUAUUGAAUAUCUGUAGCUAUGAUUUAUUCCAAACAUAGAAACGGCCAUUUUUAUUUUGAUAAUUGUUUUAAACUUAUUUUAUUUCUGUCAAUCAUGUCUCAUAGAAUAGAAGGAAGCGUCCGAACACCGUCAGAUCACAUCAGUCCGCUAGUAAAUGCACGACCUGUUGCGCAGGCUUGUCAGGGUGCUUUUAGUUGAAAUAAGAUUCAUAUUUAGUGUCGCCCGAUAGAUAUUCGAUUGUUAGUGGUGUUGAGCGCCACCUGUGAUUCCUGCAGUGUAGUGGUUGAAGUCAUUAACUUGAAGGAUAAAAUGUCUCGUUGGAAAAACUCAGCCAUUCAAUAAAAUGUGAAUUAAUCAUCUGGAUAAUGCCCAGCAUUUAAAAAUAAUUACUAUAUAAAAUAUUAGAAUGCUUAGAAAUAUAUAAAGUAGCAUUUUUUGAUCAAACUAUUUUAUUUUCAAUUGCUUUAUGUAACUCAAUGUUAUAAUGUGGUACAUGAUGAAUAAAAUUUUGUUCGUUAUCAGGAGUUAACUGUAAGCCAGAGUUCAGGAUUUACCUUGGCAGUUUUGUCAUUGUUAUCAAAUCAGAAAUUUGUAACUCAGUUUUAAAAUAUAUCAAUUGUAAUGCAAGGAA